AUGGCGACCCCGGGGACCGACGAAGACCAUGAUAUGGACGAGCAAAGUGACGUGGAAGAUGACAACAGAGUCGACAAUCACAACGAGAAUGAUCACGCGAACGGGCAACAAGAUGUUGCCGACGAAUCUAGCACUCCCACCGACUAUAGCUUGUACUCUAUCCACCCACGUCUGCAGGUAUUACGACAGCAGUUGCAUGAUCUCGACCAUCCGAUAGAGCUCCCAAAAGCGGAUUUCGAAGCGAUCAUGCCCUACAUGGACAAUGUCUGGAGAAAACUCAAGUCCUCGGAACAAUCUGAGGCCUCCCAGAAUAUAGAUCUGUACUGGUGUAAGCUUCGCAAGCAUCCAGGCGCAAAACCGCAUGUUCCCAGACCCACGCCAGAAGGUAAACAGGCACGGAAGAGAAAGAUGAAAGAAGAGAAAGCAUGUACCAUGGCUAUGAAGGUCGUCCACAGCUUCGGACCUGUCGACAAGGUGACCAUCCGGAAAGCAGUCGAGGGAGAACGUCACGCACAUGACCUCGACUUUAUGGACUUGCAGAAGCGUAAUUCAGGCAUUAUGGACACUGCGAGAAAAGAAGCCACCAGAGGCUUCCAGCCCGCGUCUAUCUGGUGGAAGAUGCAACAAGAGCCGGAGAAAUUGGAGGCUGCUGGUGGGAAGUUCAUGAAGAUCUCAGACGUACGGAAUGUGCAGUACCCGUGGCGGCAAGAAAACCCAGAUGUGAUUCUCAAGGCGCAUACUGGUUACAACAGCGCGCGAACCGGUCCUAAGCCUGGCCAAAGUCAGAAAGCGAAGUCGAGCCCAGCGCAGGCUCCUACUCAGCCAAUACCCCAGACUCUCGAGCAUCCACAGUCCUCCCAUGGCCAGCCUCCACAAACACAACAUCUUCUACAUCCGGCUCAGCCGCCGCCGCCGCCGCCUCCGCCACCGCCUCCUGCGGAUGUCCUUCACUUUCCUCCAGAGCUACGCGGCUUCCUCACGCCAUACCUACCAAACCCUAAUGCUAGCUCCGAUAUCAUUCGACCACAUGUAACACUCACGUGGGCUUCUAGCCUGGAUGGCCGUAUUGCGAGCAGCCCCGGGUAUCGGACGACAUUGUCGGGGCCGGACACGAAAGCAAUGACGCACUAUUUGCGUAGCGCACAUGACGCUAUUCUCGUUGGUGUACGGACUGCAAUUGCGGACGAUCCUAGUCUGAACUGUCGACUGUCCGGUGCUGGUGGCUUUGGUGGUCCUCGGGGUAGAUGGCAGCCCAGGCCGAUCAUCAUUGAUCCAACUGGCAGGUUGAUCAUUAGGCCUGAGAUGAAGAUGCUGCAAGUAGCUGUUCUAGGGAGAGCAAAGCCGCCGUGGAUUGUGGUGGGUCCAAAUGCAAACCUGCAUCCAGUAGCAGUUCAAACUCUCAAAGCACAUGGAGGCGAGUAUCUGAUGAUCAAUGAAGUGGACCAUCACGGAAGGUUCAGAUGGGAUGGCAUCUUCCGAGUGAUGUUAAAGGAGAACAUCAGGAGUGUCAUGAUCGAAGGCGGUGGCCUGGUACUUUCCGAAUUGCUCAGCCAACGAUAUGCCCAGAGUAUUGACUCUGUCAUUAUGACUAUGACGCCAACUUUCCUAGGAAGCAGAGGUGUACAGGUCACGCCGGAGACCGAAUUCGACAACAAGCAGGCUAUUUUGCAGAACAGGUUGAAAUACAUCACUUGGCAACCGCUGGGCCCUUCUGGCGACGCUGUCAUGUGUGGACGAAUCGAGCAUCCGUCAGGACAAAGCAACGGCAUCUUGCAAGGGAUUUUGGAAAUCGCGAACGCCGACGGCAGCAACGAGCAGCACCAGCAACCACAGCCACCGCCACCGCCACCAAACCCCCAACAUCACUCACCAGGUCAACAUCGUUCUCCUUACCCACCUCAGACUCAUCCCCAAGGGCCUCUUCCGCAACAGCCUCAAGCGCCUCCGAAUCACCCACCGCAGAGUCAUCUUCCACAGCCGUACCCGCCGCAACAACACGCGUAUCAUCCUCCACAACCGUCGCAGCCCCAUCCACAUCCUCCUAGGCCUCAGACACCUUCACAUAUUCCUUCACGACGAUAG